AUCUUUGGUGGAGACACUCGCACGAUUCGAGAAGGACGUAAAGCGGACCGACACCGGGUUCCUGGCGAUAGCAACAGAGGUGGAGAAUGACGGAGAGAAAGCCUCGGAAACUCCAGAAAAAAUCAAGGAAUUACUGAAGGAGUUCCAAGACAUUCUUCCUGACGAUCUUCCGAACGAGCUACCGCCAUACCGAACGCAUCAACAUGAGAUCGUGGAGGAACCGGGUUCGAAGCCGACCUUCCGAGCACCAUACCGGCUCAGCCCUACGGAGCUGACUAACAUGAAAAAACAGAUCGAGUAUCUCCUAGCCAAAGGACUCAUCCGGCCAUCCAUUUCGCCAUACGGUGCCCCAGUACUCUUCACCCCGAAACCGGACGGAAGCCUGCGCAUGUGCAUCGACUACCGAGCUCUUAACAAGCAGACCAUCAAGAAUAAAUAUCCGAUACCGCAAAUCGAUGACCUGCUUGACCAGCUUCGGGGAGCUACGGUAUUUUCGAAACUGGAUCUGCGGUCCGGAUACUGGCAGAUACGCAUGGCGGACAACUCUAUCCACAAAACUGCUUUUCGAACUCGGUACGGAUCGUACGAGUAUUUGGUAAUGCCGUUCGGACUCACCAACGCGCCGGCAACGUUCCAAGCUGAAAUGAACCACAUUCUACGACCACUUCUGGACGAAUGCGUGGUGGUGUACCUGGAUGACAUACUCAUCUACUCGCGCGACAUGAAGCAGCACGUCGAACACCUGCGACGCAGCGAAUUCGCCCUUGAAAAGGUCCAGUUCCUAGGGCACAUGGUGAGCGCUCAAGGAGUUCACGUUGGCCCCAAGAAAAUUGAAGCCGUACGUACGUGGAAGACACCCGAGAACGUAAUGGAGUUGCAGCAGUUCCUAGGCUUAGCUAAUUACUACAACAGGUUCGUGCCACAGUAUGCGAAAAUCGCAGCACCACUCACGAAUCUGCUGAAGAAGAACACGCCCUACAAAUGGGAGCCGAAGCACCAGGAAGCCGUGGAACAGCUGAAGCAGGCACUUACGUCCGCACCGGUACUCAUUUUGCCAGAUCCCGAACGCGACUACGUCAUCGAAGCUGACGCCAGUGACCAAGCAGUGGGAGCAGUCUUAAUGCAAGACCAGGGGAAUGGACUGCAACCAAUCGCCUACCUCAGCAAGAAACUACACGGAGCAGAACUAAACUACCCGAUACACGACAAAGAGGCCCUUGCCAUCGUCAUCGCCUUUAAAGCGUGGAGAUGUUAUCUCGAAGGACGACAAACAACCGUCUACACCGACCACUGCAGCCUGAAAUACUUGAAGACACAACCCAAUCUUUCCAGGCGGCAGGUCCGGUGGAUCGACUUCCUCGAGACACACUUCCACUACGACAUCGUGUACAAGCCCGGUCACAAAAACAAAGCAGACGCUCUUAGCCGGCCUGCACACGUUGCCGCCAUUCAGAUUGAGGGGAUGAAUCCACUACUCAAAGGACUCUUCACACACGGGUACGCCAUCGACCCCGAAAUUUCCUUGGCAGAAAAGCGACAUCUGCUACAGUGGGACAGUGACAUCGCGUACCGGAAAGGAUCAACAAAAAUCUGGGUACCAAAUUACCCUCCUUUGCGCCAGUUACUACUCGAAGAAUACCACAACGUCCUGUACGCCGGACACUUCGGUAGCAACAAGACGCUCACCGGUAUCGCCAAACACUACUACUGGCCCCACAUGGCAGACGACGUCCAGAAAUUCGUCACCUCGUGUGAUACAUGUCAGCGGAUGAAGAGCAGCAAGCGGAAAAAGGCGGGACUACUGCAGCCUCUUCCUGUCCUAGAACAGCCAUGGCAAGUGGUUAGCCUAGACUUCAUCACCGGGUUACCACCUACCACCAGCAGUCAUGACGCAAUCCUAGUCGUCAUUGACAAGUUCUCCAAAAUGGGACACUUCAUCCCGACACACACGACGGCACGCACUGAGGAGACAGCACAACUCUUCGUUCGUCAUAUCAUCUCACAGCAUGGCAUCCCAACCACACUCAUUUCCGACCGAGACCCCAAGUUCACCAGCAAGUUCUGGAAGGAACUUAUGUCUCUUCUCGGGACCAAACUCGCCAUGCCAUCCGCAUACCAUCCGCACACAGACGGACAGACCGAGCGCCUCAACCAAAUUGUUGAGCAACUCCUCUGAGCAGCCUGCAAGGACGACAUGUCCAAA